GCAUCUCUAGGUGUCAGGUGACCGGAUGUUGGUUCCCAAUCUUAGUUCCUCAGGUAAAUUGACAAUGGGAAUCAAGUUUUGGGAACUAGCUUCUUGGUUCUUUCUGGCUUGCCAGUGUACCAGAAAAUGGUUCGUAUUUUGGUUCCUCAGGUGUGUGGUGCGUACAUGUGCGUGGCGAACCAGAAAGUUGGUUCGUAUGUUGGUUCGUACCUGCAACGGCGUGCAGUACAGCAGUACAGCAGUACAGUAGUACGGUAGUACGGUAGUACGGUAGAACAGUAUCACGGUAGUACAGUAGAACAGUCCAAACAGAAUAAACAGGAGAAACAGCAGUUCGGCAAAACAGUAGUCCAGCAGAAUAGAAGAAUAACUAGAGAAACAGGGGAAGCAGGGGAAACAAGCGCUUUAUUUUCCUACAUCCAUCACUGCAACCAACUACAGAUUCUCAGAGGGCCCAAACAAACCGUACUCCUUCAUUGUGAUCUCAGACUCAACCAUGAUCCUUUGUGCUAGGCGUUGCAACUCCAGGGCCUGCAUAAAGGCAUCUUUUGGGUGCUUCUCAUAUGGCAGAAGGAUAGUUGUUGGCGGCGGAGGCACAAUGGUGCUGUUGUUAAUGAUAGUCGGCGCCUCGUUGUGCUGGCGUUGCGGUCUGAACACCGUGGUCGCGGGAUCGGACACGACGGUGCUGUUGCCCACGAGACUGGCUGGUGGGGUUGCGAGCCGAGUGUUGCGGCCGGAGGGGUCUGUGCAUGGGACGGAUGGUGGGGCGGGAGGAGGGGGCGGCGGCGGCGGCGGUGACAGCGGCGAUGGCGAUGGCGGCACCGGUCGCAGACCAGCGUUGCAUGUCGAAGCCGCCGGCGCCGGGAUCAAACAGACCGAGUAUGUCUUCGGUGGCAGGGGUUUGAUCGGGUCUUCGGCGGCCCAAGGAUUGAACGCCAUAUCGUCCUCCAGGCUUGCCCACCCGGUGUUGCCCGGCACGCAAGGCGUGUUGUCGACGGGGACGGAUGGAGCCUCGGGCGGGUGGGAUCGGUCGAGGGUGCUGUCGAGGGCGUGAGGUAAUGUCGGGCUCGGACAGUUCUAUUGUCUCGUUGAUUUGACGAAGCUGUCCUGUCUCCAAAGACAGAGUGCUUAGUCGGUUCACGAGGGCCUCGUCGGGUUGUCCAGCGGAUUGUGGUGCUCUUUGCCACCAAUCCGUCUUC